AUGGCCUCCCAAUCUGCUCCAUCUACACCCAGAGCCGUAUCGKUGCUCGCCCCUGUCCCCGACGCCUCACGGACGCCUGGAAAAUGGCGCCAUCCUCGUCUCAAUGAAGUUGUAAGGCGACAGAAUGCUGGAACAUUCGGUGAUCGCAAUAUUCGAAAGCUUAUUUGGAAUGGGGCUGCCUUGGUUGCAACCUGGGCAUUCGGAAACACGAACUUGGGCCAGUACCCCGCUUAUCCAGACCUCGCGCUACACGUCGUGCAGCUCAUUCUUGCGUUGAACAUCCUGGUUGCAUUAUACCCUUUGUUCCGACCGAAAGAUGACCUCUCCGAUAUCCCUCUCACUCCUACACAACGUUCUCUCCUCGGGCUUGAUCCGUCCGCGACUCCACCGCUUACACCGGGGACUACGUACAUUACACCACCGAGGUAUCGACUGUCUGCUUCGAGAACCGCGACUCCAGCCAGCAAAGGUGCAUCGUCGCCCCUAUCCGGAAGUGCCGGUCUUUCAGGGCGUAGACUUUCGUCGGGCGCAUCAUUUUCGCCAUCGACAAGUCCGCUGCUGUACAAAGCCGUUUCGAACGGAGGCAAGGAGAGCGGGCGACGGCCAAGUUUCGGGUCUUCUUCGACAUUCAGUCGCAGCUCGCUUUUCGGGGAGUCUAGCAUAGGACCUGCGAGUCCUUCGCCCGUGGGGGGCAAGCGCGCGAACCUGGGAUUGAGCAACAAAUGGUUGUAUGAAAGAAGUAGGCGACUCUCUGCUAGUAACGGGAGUCUAUAA